AUGCAGUCAACAAAAGCCAGUCAGGCGGUCUUCAUGACCCCUGAGGAAUCAGAACGGGUGCGCAACACCGCAAAACAGCGCUGGGAAAGAUGUCGAGAUCUUCAGGGUGAAAAGCGGGUGGCGGUUGAGCCCAAAUCGCUCUCGCAAGAAGUCGUAGGGGCAGACUUGAUGGCCGACAUGUCGGGGCCUUCCAACGAUGACAAGAUGCCUGCAAUUGCCAUUGGAUCGUUCUACCCUCCAUGCGUGGAAUCGCUCGAAGAUUUGAAGCCGAUGAAGCUGUCAGAGCUACAAAUGGAGACGCAUCAUCGCGGAAAUUACCUUUCUCUGAAGUGUAAUGCACCCGUCAUUCAGGCUGCAGCGUAUUGCUGGACUGUAGUCGAGGAGAAAUCAACCGGGGAAGCAGAGAGAUUGCAGGUCUACUUACCAAUAUCGAGAUUGAAGUACAUACUGGAUGAGGGAGACGAUUUCGUCAUCAAGGAGCCGUAUUAUACAUUGAAUGACCAAGGUGCACCGACGAUCCGGGUAGAUCACCCAUCAGACAUGAUUUUCGCACCAGAGCAAGAUGACUCAAGACGCGCCACGAAGUGGAAAGAUUUGGGCAACGCGGCACUGAAAAAGCAGGAUCUGUGGAAGGCGCAUGCGUGUUACACGCAAGGUCUAGCGAAGCAUGCGAAGUCAGAAGAAAGCAUCGCGCACGACAUUCAUCGAAAUAGAUCUCAUGUCAAUCUCCUGCUGGCCCGCUUCUCGGAGGCAAAGUCGGAUGGGUUGGCUGCUCUGACAGGUCGGGAUGACCCAAAAGCGAAGGAACUGGACAGCAAAGCCUACUUUCGUGCUGGACGAGCAGCAUAUGCCUUGGCGGAAUUUGAUGAGGCUCGGCGCUUAUUCGAUGAGCAGCUCAAACUUGUCCCCGGCGAUAAAGACGCACAGACGUACCUCAAGUGGCUAGAGACCAGGGAAGAAGAACUGGACGGCAAAUAUGACUUUGACAGAAUUGGAGAGCGAAUGCAUAAGACAGGCCGGCCGAGAGCUGAUGUUGCCAGCUUCACGAAGCACACAGAAGUCAGAGAUAGCCCUGGAGCAGGACGGGGUCUCUUUGCGACCAAGGACUUCGAAAGAGCGGAGGUGGUCAUUGUCGAGAAAGCAUUUUGCAGUGUAUGGGGCCGGGAACCAGACGCAUGGACUGCGAUGACAUACGAUAAUCGAGACGAUCGCAUACGAGUUGCUGCGGCCGGACUGCGUAAAGCAGUGGUGGAGGAGUUGUCAAACAACUCUUCAGAGGUGGAGAAAGCGAUGGAUCUCUUCGGGGACUACAAAAGCAUUGGCAAAGAAGUCAUAGUCAAAGACGGCGAGCCAGCUAUCGAUGUAUUCCAGGUCCACGACAUCGUCUCUCGCAACGCCUUCGGAGUAGGCCAACCAGAAGAAGACAUUCGGAGAAUCAGUACAGCCGUUUGGAUCCGUGCCGCAUACGUGAACCACGCCUGUGUCCCGAAUGUUCGGAAAGAGCACAUGGGAGAUCUCUUGAUCCUACGUGCUACACGCAAAAUCAAGAAGGGUGAAGAGCUUUUCCACUCCUACGAUGAGCACCCCGAUCACGCCACACGAGAAGCCGCUCUGAUGACGACCUGGGGGUUCAAAUGCUCCUGUAGGAUAUGCAAAGUCGAAGAGCAAGAAGACCCUGCACUUUGGAAGAAGAGGAAUGAUCUGGUUGAGGAGGCUGCUGUGGUGAUUCAGAGUGGACCUGCGGAUCGAGUCAGGAAGGCCAAGAUUGCACGUAUCGUGGAUUCCAUCGCGAAAACUUAUGACAAGGAGGUAUAUAACAAGGACUUGCCGCGGCUUGGAAUCGUCAAGAUAUACGGGAUGAUCGAAGGGACCGAUGGAUGGGAGCGCUGGUGA